CUGCAGCCAUCACCCACUCCCCCUCCCCACAGCCGCUUUCCCGGGACCCCCAGUCCUCAGGGCCUGGAGGUACCCCUAGACAGUGUCGCCGGGCAGGCCUGUGAUCCUGGAGCGUGGUCCUGGCCCAGGGGUCCGCACCCCCCAGGCUUUGUGGGCCGCCCCCCAUGGCCUUGCGGGCCCCUCUGGCUCAGCUGACCCCCUGAGGGGGGCCUGGCCUGGAUGGGCCUGACCCUGCUCCCCCCACCCUGGCAGAAACGCAAUAGGGCCAUCACGGCCAGGAGGCAGCACCUGAAGAGCGUCAUGCUCCAGAUCGCGGCCACAGAGCUGGAGAAGGAGGAGGGCCGCCGCGAGUCGGAGAAACAGAACUACCUGGCGGAGCACUGCCCGGCGCUGCACAUCCCGGGCUCCAUGGCUGAAGUGCAGGAGCUCUGCAGACAGCUGCACGCCAAGAUCGACGCCGCGGAGGAGGAGAAGUACGACAUGGAGAUGCGGGUCCAGAAGAGCACCAAGGAGCUGGAGGACAUGAACCAGAAGCUCUUCGACCUGCGGGGCAAGUUCAAGAGGCCCCCACUGCGGCGCGUGCGCAUGUCGGCCGACGCCAUGCUCAAGGCCCUGCUGGGCUCCAAGCACAAGGUGUGCAUGGACCUGCGCGCCAACCUGAAGCAGGUCAAGAAGGAGGACACCGAGAAGGAGCGGGACCUGCGCGACGUGGGCGACUGGCGGAAGAACAUCGAGGAGAAGUCGGGCAUGGAGGGCAGGAAGAAGAUGUUCGAGUCCGAGUCCUAGGCCGCGCCGGCUCCCCGCGCUCCCCCUCGCCCCGCUCCCCACCGGGCAAAGCCCCACGGGGCGGGGGUGUCCCACCUCAAGGGUCAAUAAAGGAAGUGAACCCCGCGA